AUGUCAACUGGCCAGUUUCCUCGUCCGAUCCUUAUGAUAAUGCCUGUGACAGUUCCUCCACGCAUGUAUUUAAAUAAUUUAGCGCCAGAGCUUAAAGUGGAAAUUAUUCUCCACUUGAGGAAUCCCACAUCUCUUGCCAGAUGUUCACGCGAAUGGAACAAUAUCGUGAAUUUACCUUCAACAAAAUCCAAGUGGUUGAUCGGCAGACACGGAAGAACCCAUGCAUUGUUUCACGCAGUAAGAAUGGGUGAGCCUUUUAUUAAUCUUGAUGUGGUCGAAUGUUUAUUUGCGCAGAAGGCGCACAUCAGUCGAUACUUUAUUCAACGAUUGGUGCUCGGAUUUGGCAAGUGCGACAGUAGACUUAUUGACCUCAAAUUGACCCACAACAUGGGGGCGCUUGUUCCGGGUCGGAGAAAAUCUAUUCAAAAUAAAAUUCGAAGUCCCUGGGCAAGCAAUCUUUCCUUUGAUGUUUACUCCCGAAUUCUCAAAGAGGGUCAUGAUCGGUUUGACGGAAAUGAUAUUCCCAUCCGAGGAAAUGACAUGGAGUCCUUUUAUUACUUAUCGGCUGGUCCAUUGGUUAUUAAUCAAGCGAGAACCAAAUUGAAGAAAAACAAAAAGGAGAUUAAAACUCUGAUUCGGAGAUACAGCCACAUUCCGAUACAGACCCAGUCACGUGCCGCAAUUUUUGAUGACUGUCCGCCAUCUGAUGGGUAUGAGAACGUGAGACAACUAACCGUCAUUGCACGCGCUAUACUCAUAUAUCCCAAAUUAGUUAAUGUCUGGAAGAAAAACGGGUAUCCUGAGAUCGUCAACGAUGUGAACGACCUGGUCAUGCAAGGAUCGUUACUUAUCCUUUAUCCUUCAAGUCCUUCCGAAGAUUGGGUUAAACCAGGUUUAGCUCAAGUCGUUGAUGAACUAAACGAUCUGAUAUUGCUUGGAUUUGAACUGACGGAUGCCUUGAUUGGAGACGUUUUAAUUUUAUUUGAGCAUAGAUUAAAGGAUAUAGGAGAAAUACUGAUUGAUGC